CCGGCCCGGCCCUGCCCGGCCGGCGCCAUCCCCGCCGUUCCUCCCGCGUGCUCCGAGCCGCUGCGGAGCCGCCGAAAGACCUCUGUCCCCGUGUACUGUCCCGCCCUGCUGGGCAGCGCUCCCAGGGCCAGCGGGAAGUGGUCCGGGAACCCAGCGGUUUCUCCCCGGCACCGGGAGAGCGAGCGCCCGCGGGUGUACCGGGAAGGCGGCUAUCCCGAGGGAUGGCAGGCAGGCUGGGACAGGCUGGCGGGUGGGAUCCCAUUACCCGCUGCUGAAAGUCUGCAGGGACUCUCCAGAGCCCUGUCGGGAGACGCGUGUGCCUGGGGGAACGUUCUGUAGGAAAAGACUCUGCUUCCCGGCAGAGCCGGCAGGUAGAGCAGCAAGGAGGAAGCAAGAGUUGAUGCCCCGGGCUGUCCUUGUGCUGAGAUGUUUGACUGAAAUGUAGGAGACCAAAUAAAAGCCUCUUUGCAAACCAUUUUCCGGGGAUCUUUUACCAAAUCUUCUCCCUUCCUGUAAAAGUGUGCAGAUUUGGCAAUUGAAACUGUGGGAGUUGAAAGUCUGGUAACUAAUCCAUAAUUUUCAAUUGUUUUUACAGAUGAGUGAUCUUGUGCAGUUUCUCCAGAACUGUUUCCACUGGUAGAAUGUCAUCUGAUCCCUUACUUUGAGUUGGCAUUUCAAAUCUGUUCAUGAGGCAUUAGCAGAAAUGAAUAAUAAAAUAAGUUAUUUGUUAAAUACUGUCAGAAGUGUGCAUAGGUACAGUUCCGUGCUCACUCCCAAAUCUUCAGCCACAACAAGAAAACACAUUUUAUGGAUUGGCAGAUACAGGGAUCCCUUAAGAAAUGUGAACUUCAGGAAAUUACUUUUAAAUAUUUUGCCUUCUCUGCAUGGAUCGUCUCUUCGAUUUGUAUCUCAAAAGGCAGACGUUUAUAGCACAGGUGCAGAAGCUUUGGUGAGUGAGAAGGCUUCCCAGAGCUCCUUGGAAGUUGAAAAGCCGGAUGAUUCUGGGAGCUUCAAAGCGGCAGUGGAUCACAGUGACCCGUUCUUUACCAGCCUCCGGAAAUGCUCCUGUCCCUGCGAUGCGCUGGACUUGGCUGCAGAGGCAGCUGUUUCCAUUAAGCACUACACAAACUCUUUAACCACGGCCUGGAGACUCUUCAAAAACCUGUCAGAAGAGCAGCAGCGCUACGAGAAGCAGCUGAUCUUUGAGCACCCGGCUUUCGUGAAGCUGUGCCAGCAGCUGCUGCGCGACGCGCGCAGGAUGAUGCGCGGGGACCUGGUGUUCAGCCUGCACGCCCUGGUGAGCCUCGGCGUGCCGCAGAACACGCUCCUGGUCCAGACCUUGGUGAGAGUGUGCCAAGAGAAGCUCAAUCAACUUGAUAACCGAUGUAUCUCAGUUUUGGCAACUACUUUAGCAGGGAUGGAUAAAGACAAGAAUGUGAGCGCUCUUCAAGCUGGAUUACAGUUACUAGUGGAGCAGCGCAUUUCAAGUAUCAGAGACAUCUUUAUUCUGCAAAACCUGAUGAAAUGCCUGGGAAAAGAUGCUCCAGUUUUUCUGAAAAAGAAAUUAGAGAUGGCAGUUGUGAGAGAAAUAGACGGUUUGACUUUUCUGAAUGCGCUGCGUAUGUUUUUGGCUCUUGCUGCAAUGAAUUAUUGCUCCCUUCCAAUCCUGAAUCCCUGCAGUAAAAAGAUCCAGGAAAAUGUCCAUGAUGUUCCAUUUCGGCAGUUAAUUCUCAUUCUGGAAGCUUGUCACACUCUCCAGUACCGUAAUGUGAAACUGUUUUCAGCAUUAGCAGACUAUGUUAUUUCUACUGCCUACCUUUGGGACAAAAGACAGAUUAUCCUUUUUCUCUCUGCCUGUGAGACACUUGGCUUUCAGCCUACUGAGUUGCUGGAUAUUUUUGCUGAGAAGGUGAUAGAAGACCCUGAUUUCCUUAACUUGAAAAACCUUUUGAUUGUUCUUCGAGUGUAUUCACGACUCAACCAUGUUCCCAGAGUCCAAAAGCAUCUGUUUUUUGAGACUCUUCAUAGCUGCUUGAAUAAGUGCUUGCCUCAGAUUUCCAACACGGAGCUGCUGAAGGCAGUGUAUUCACUUGGCAUCUUAGGAUAUCUUCCCCACCAUGCACUUGAUGAGUUACUGCAAAAGGACAGCAAGGAUGAACUUAUACUGCCAGAUGAUCUUAAGGAACAAAACACAGUGAUGCUUCGCUGUGUGAAAACAUGUAUGGAACUCGACAGCCCUUCUUUCACAAAGCCUACCUUUGUGCUGACUGAGAAUUUGUCCUCAUUAGUAUCUCUUAAUCUCAGAAAGGCUCAGGAGGCACUGAUAGAACUUCUGGGAGAUGAGAACAUGUUUCGGCAAAAUGUUCGGCUGCCAUACAGAUAUCACAUUGAUUUUGAAAUCAGCAUGGAUUCAGACAGAAAGAAGGUGCUCCCCAUAGUUGCAACAGAUGAUCAUCCUGACUCACGUGUUCAGAGGUUGGCUUUUCUGUUUGCUCCUGCGUCUGCCUUCUGUCUGGGUACAACACACCCCCAGGGGAAGCUGGCAAUGAAGAAGCGGCAUCUAAAGAAACUGGGCUAUCAUGUGAUUCUGAUCCAGAACAAGAUGUUUCAGGAAAUGAAAAAUGAAGAUGCAGUUGAGUUUUUGAAAAGAAAAAUUUAUUCAGAAGAUGCUUUCUCUUUUCCUGAAGCAAUUGUGCAGGAUAAUAAUUAAAAUAAACUAAGAGUUUUGGGUCUCCUGA